AAACACGUCUUACUUGAUUGGUGGGAGAUUUUUGGAGAAAGAUAAAUCGUACUGCAAAUGAGUCCAGCAUGGGUAGCAUGUCCCUGUUAAUGGACAUGAGUAUAUAAACAGACGCAGCACCAAUCACUUGGCUGCAACCUUCUGAGUGUUAACUAACCUGAAAAUGGAUACUUGCAUAUCAUCCUUUUCUCAUUUUCUGCUACUUCUUUGCUUUACUUCAUUUCUUCAAAUAUGUUGCUCAGCAUCCCAACUGAAGAGUUACAUUAUCUACACUGGCAAUAGCAUGAAGGAUGAAGCUUCUGCGUUGACACUUUACUCAAAUAUACUACAAGAAGUUGCAGAGAGCAAAGCUGAGACCAAAUCGAUAGAGUACCACUACAAACGCAGUUUUGGUGGCUUUGUUGCAAAGCUGACGGAGGAGGAAGCCAAUAGAAUGGCUAGACAUGAUAGAGUGGUAUCAGUCUUUCCUAAUGGAAAGAAGAAACUCCAUACAACAAGGUCAUGGGAUUUUAUUGGCUUUCCUCUACAAGCAGAAAGAGCAGCAGCUGAAAGUGACAUCAUCAUUGGAGUACUUGACUCUGGAAUCUGGCCAGAAUCUGACAGCUUCAAUGACAAAGGAUUCGGUCCACCACCUAGCAAAUGGAAGGGCACUUGCCAAACUAAAAAUUUCACAUGCAAUAAUAAAGUCAUUGGGGCUAAGUAUUACAAAGCUGAUGGAUUUUUUAGCGAUGAUGAUCCAAAAUCUGCAAGAGAUGUAGAUGGUCAUGGAACUCAUACAGCAUCGACAGCAGCUGGGAACCAAGUUAGCACAGCUAGCAUGUUAGGCCUUGCACAGGGAACAGCAAGAGGUGGCGCGAUAAAAGCACGCAUUGCUGUGUAUAAAGUGUGUUGGUAUGAUACUGGUUGCGCCGAUGCAGACGUACUUGCUGCAUUUGAUGAUGCAAUAGCAGAUGGGGUUGACAUAAUAUCAGUUUCUCUUGGAGGGUUCAGCGAUGAAAACUACUUUAGAGAUGGAAUAGCCAUUGGAGCGUUUCAUGCUGUGAGGAAUGGAGUAUUGACAGUAACCUCAGCAGGAAACAAUGGUCCAAGACCUUCCUCCUUAUCGAAUUUUUUGCCUUGGUCAAUUACUGUGGCUGCUAGUACCAUAGACAGGAAGUUUGUUACCAAGGUUGAAUUAGGUAACAACAAUUCCUAUGAGGGUAUCUCAAUAAAUACAUUUGACCUCAAGGGAAAAUUGUAUCCUAUAAUUUAUGGUGGAGACGCACCAAACAAAGACUACGAUGGAUCGGAGUCAAGGUUUUGCUUCAGCGGCUCGUUGGACAAAAAAUUAGUUCAGGGUAAAAUUGUUCUCUGCGAGAGCAGAAGCAAAGCGAUAGGCCCUUUUGAUGCUGGUGCUGUUGGGGCAUUGGUACAAGGUCAAAAUUAUAGAGAUAGUCCUUCAACUCUUCCAUUGGCUGGAUCUUACCUAGGAUUGCAGGAUGGUGCCACUGUAUAUGACUACAUAAACUCUACAAGGACUCCAACUGCAACCAUAUUUAAGAGUGAUGAGAUAAAAGAUACAGUAGCCCCUGUUGUGGCCUCUUUCUCUUCAAGGGGUCCAAGCCUUGUUACACCUGAAAUUCUCAAGCCGGAUUUAGUGGCUCCUGGAGUUGCCAUUCUUGCUAGUUGGUCUCCAGUUUCUCCUCCUUCUGAUGUUGACGGUGACAACAGAACAUUAAAUUUCAAUAUUAUCUCCGGAACUUCAAUGGCUUGUCCACAUGUUUCUGGGGCAGCAGCAUAUGUUAAAUCAUUUCAUCCAACAUGGUCUCCUGCUGCUAUUCGUUCAGCUCUAAUGACAACAGCUAAACAACUUAUUCCCUCGGAAAACUUUCAAGCAGAAUUCGCAUAUGGUGCAGGCCAAAUUGAUCCCUCCAAGGCUGUGUUCCCCGGUUUAGUAUAUGAUGCUGGUGAAAUAGACUAUGUAAGGCUUUUGUGUGGACAAGGCUAUAGUUCAAGGACUUUACAACUCAUCACAGGGGAUAACAGUAGCUGCUCUGAAACAAAGUAUGGUUCAGCAAGGGAUCUAAACUAUGCUUCAUUUGCACUUUCUGUGCCACCCUCCAACUCAAGUGUAAGUGGCAGUUUUAACAGGACUGUAACAAAUGUUGGGUCAGCAACGUCCACAUAUAAAGCUAUUGUGACAGCUCCUCAAGGACUAAAAAUUGAGGUGAACCCCAGUGUUCUAUCAUUCACUUCUCUUAACCAAAAGCAAACAUUUGUGCUCACAAUUGAGGGAACAAUAGAUGAAGCUCUACAGUCUGCUUCUUUGGUUUGGGAUGGUGGUGAAUUCCAUGUUAGGAGCCCCAUUGUUGUGUUCAGAGCAGCUUAAUGGCCAAGGUUAAUGUAUUAAAUAAUUUCAAGCAUAAAGCUUUUGAAUGUUUUUCGUAUUUAAUAGUAUUAAACAGCCAAAAAUUCGUUGCUCUCAUUUCAUUGAUAAUGUACUAUUGAAAAAAUACUAAGUUACAAGAGUUGGUUGCGGCAUUAAAGUUUAUACCUUAAUCUUAUGGUCAAGU